AUGGAGAUCAACGAUACGCUCAAGUUUAAAUCCUUCGGCUGGAAGAGGGACUAUGAAGACAAGAAACCACACAUAGCCAAAGUUUAUGCUCAGAACAAACAGUAUUAUCCAGAAGACGCCCAUGGAGUCAUUGAUGAGUGGAAAGCUCUCAUCAGGAACCAAUCUGAAGUCUAUGAACAAGACAAGAGACUUGAGCAAGAAAACCGUCACCAGGCCAUGGUUGACUAUAAAGCCGAGCUUGAUCGUCAAAUGAAGGAGAAACAGUUCCAUGACCAGGCCGAGAAGGCUAAAAGAGCUAAUGAAGGGAACCAAAUUAACAACCAAUUCGGUCUCGGAAUGCAACUAAACCAACAAAUAGCUAAUCUUGAUAAGGGUGAGAGAGAAAAGUUGAACCAGGACUACCGUAACGCAAUGGAAGAGAAUAGGCGGAAGGCCCUAGAAGCCAAACAGCGUGAACUGCUUGAGGACCAAAACAUGCUGGAUAACAACAGAUAUGCUGGUCGCAAUUCCCAAAGGGCAAUGAAGGACAAAAACCUUCAGUACAAGAAGGAAUUAGACAACGUGGCUGAUUACCAUAAAUACCUCAAAGGUCAAGUUGAAGAAGACCAAAGAAGAAAAGAAGACGAUGAUUACCUCAGAGGAAUGCAAAAAGAGAAUGAGAAAAGAGACAAAGAGAAAGAAGACUGGUUCAACAAGUAUAAAUAAAAUCAGCAAGGAUAUGGAUGACAGAGUUAAUGCCACUAUCAACUAUGCCAAGCCCUCUUAUGAUAAACAGAAACAUCUCAAUGAUAAAAUCAAUGGCGACGUCGAUAAGUUUGGUAAUAAGCUCUUUGAUGACUAUGACAAGAACAGACAGAAGCUUGACGGAGAGCUCAAGAAUGCUCAGAAUUCGAACCUGAGAAGUCUUCAUGAUAAAACCCGUGCUGCUACCAUGGGCAAGCUCAAAGAAAAAGAAGAAAUUGACAACAAGAUGAGAGAGUCUAUGGCUUACAACCAGAAUGAGGAAAAGAAGAGAAGAGAGCUGGAAGAGCAAAAGAAUCUCUAUAGAGAAACCUUACAGAAUCAAAUGACCCUUAAUGCACUGAAUAAGCAUAAUUACGGAAAAAUGACUAUGCAAGAAAAAUACCUGAACAGGCUUGAUCUGAAAGCUUAUAAAAAUAAAGAAAGGAAUACAGUGAAAGCAAUGAUCCCUGGAAUCAAGAAUAUUCCUUCUAUAGGAACAAAACCUUUGAUGAGAGGUGCCAUGAACGUCAUGGACUUCAGUGAUUCCCCUCCUCAUGGGCCUACAGGGAGGAAGGGCCAGAUGUUUUUCAGCCCUGAGCCAAGACGACCAGAAGGAAUUAUUGAAAAGCCAAGUUACGCAAGUCCUCUGCCUCACCAACCUUCUAAUAUGAGGAACUUUCAUGGGACGAUCCAGAGGUCUAAUACACCAGAGAGUACUAUGCAAAGAAAUGCAAUUUCCAAAACAAAUUUUGAGCAGUACAAGCAGAGUUCCAGGAACGGAGGUCUGGCUGGUGCUAACACAGCUAGGAAUACCCAAAGUAUGGCUUCAAUGUACAACCCAAUAGUUUUUCCUGUUGAUAAGUCAUAUAAAAUCGACCUUAGCAGGCAAUAA